UGUAAUUUACAAAAGAGCCCUCACCUUAUCCCCGCGAAGCCGCGAGACUCCACCAUCGGUAUGCGGCUUCACCGUCGGUGAGCAAAGGGAGCAAAACGCAUCUUCCCGAUGGCUUCUUCCUCGUCGUCGUCGCCGCAGCUCUCUCUUCUCCUCCUCCGGCCUCUCCGGUGCAGACCCGUCCCCCUAUCGAAGCACAGGAAGCCGUUCCUCUCGCCAAGAACUGGCCGCGUAGCAGCAGGAGCAGAGCAGCGGUUGCUGCUCCCACCGGUGACCGGCCGGUGGAGGAAGAGCUGGAGGAGGGACGGAGGCUUCUCUUGUUUCUCAUACAAUACCAACAACAAGCCGCCCCCUCCUUCCGAUAAGCUUGUGACAUUAUCUGGACAUAAGCAGAGUUCGGACGAGUGCCUGAUCCUUCGCCGGUGGGAUGUCCCAUGGGAGUGGCAAACCAUUGUGCUCACCAUGGUGGGCUGCGGAGUAAGCUUUGUUCUGACAGGAUUGGUUGAGCAAUCGGUUUUGUCAUACGUGGGGUUUAAAGCUGUGGAGGCAACUAUAGAUGAGAAGGCAGAAAUACUCUUUCUUGGGCAACUUAGCGUGACAGUAGUUGUGCUUGGUGUCAUAUUUGGCAUCACCAACACCUUUCGACCAUUCCCAGAUGAUGUAUUUCGCUAUGAUAUUAGAGAACCAUUCAAGCUGCAGAAUGGAUGGCUUUUGUGGGCUGGAGUUGGCCUCUUUGGAGCAAUAAUUUCUAUUGCUAUAGCCGGAGCUGCUAUGACCUAUCUGAAUGGUGAAACUCCAGAGAGAGAGACUGAUUCACUAGUCCUUUUAUUGCCACUGAUUGGCUCAUCCACUACCAGCACUGCCUUUUUGGUGGGAAUUACUGGAGUUCUAGCACCACUUUUGGAGGAGACUGUGUUUCGAGGAUUUCUAAUGGUAUCCUUGACUAAGUGGUUUCCUACUCCAGUUUGUGUACUUGUCAGUGCUGCUGUAUUUGCCCUUGCUCAUCUGACCCCUGGACAGUUUCCACAGCUGUUUAUACUUGGUGUUGCAUUGGGGUUUUCAUAUGCUCAAACCCACAAUCUUCUAACUCCUAUCACAGUACAUGCGUUCUGGAACUCGGGAGUAAUAUUGCUGCUAACCUUUCUUCAGCUGCAAGGAUAUGAUAUCAAGGAGCUCUUGGGGGCAUCGUGAAGGCUCAAUAACUUCAGCAAAACCACCUGGAAGCAAUUACGGGUCUACUUUAGUUUACUCUUUAGCGAAUCCAUCAAGCAUGAAUUCUUUCGGAUGUAACAACAAAAAGUGCACACAUGUUGAAGAAAAACUAAGCAGGCAGUUAGAGAGUUCAGCUGAGACGUUAACCGUUUCUCGAAUCAAAACUUGCUCUGUUUGUGCAUUGGGGGAUUAAGUCCUUAAGUUUUUUAUAGGAAUAUUUAACAUUCAUAGGGCUUUAAUAGGGUAAAAUUUGUCCGACUGGAAUGAUUUAGUAGCAAAGUUGGCAUUUGUGCAACUUAAUGAUCAA